GCUUCUCUGAGAAAGAAAGGGGUGGUGUGUGUGUGUGUGGAGUGGUGGGGGGGUAACCUUUUUACUUCCCCCCAGGGAAGACAAAAAAGAAGGGAAGAAGAAGGGGGAUGGGUAGGGAAGAGAAAAAUACGUGACAAAGAAAACAUUCUCUGCCUGGGAGGAGACUCCCAGAGGGUGUAGAGCUGGAGGGAGCAUUCACUGGCCAUGCCAGUACUUACCACUGAUGCUGAGUCAGAAACAGGUAUCCCAAAAUCCCUUUCCAAUGAGCCUCCCUCAGAAACCAUGGAGGAAAUAGAGCACACAUGCCCACAGCCUCGACUGACCUUGACUGCACCGGCUCCUUUCGCAGAUGAAUCCAGCUGCCAGUGCCAAGCGCCUCAUGAAAAACUAACCAUUGCCCAGGCCCGCUUAGGAACACCAGUUGACAGGCCUGUUAGAGUGUAUGCAGAUGGCAUAUUUGACCUCUUCCACUCAGGUCAUGCAAGGGCACUUAUGCAAGCAAAAACACUGUUUCCCAACAGCUACUUGUUGGUAGGAGUCUGCAGUGAUGACCUUACUCACAAGUUCAAAGGUUUUACUGUGAUGAAUGAGGCAGAGAGAUACGAAGCCCUGAGACACUGCCGCUACGUGGACGAAGUCAUCAGAGACGCACCGUGGACUCUCACGCCAGAGUUCCUGGAAAAACACAAGAUUGACUUUGUGGCUCAUGAUGACAUCCCAUAUUCCUCUGCUGGCUCUGACGAUGUUUAUAAGCAUAUAAAGGAAGCAGGCAUGUUUGUUCCAACACAAAGAACAGAAGGCAUCUCAACAUCAGACAUCAUCACCAGAAUUGUCCGUGACUAUGAUGUGUAUGCCCGACGCAACCUUCAGAGAGGAUACACGGCCAAGGAACUCAAUGUCAGCUUUAUAAAUGAGAAGAAGUACCGUUUCCAGAACCAGGUGGACAAGAUGAAAGAGAAGGUCAAGAAUGUAGAGGAAAGAUCAAAGGAAUUUGUUAACAGAGUAGAGGAGAAGAGUCACGACCUAAUUCAAAAGUGGGAAGAAAAAUCAAGAGAGUUCAUUGGCAACUUCCUGGAACUGUUUGGGCCAGAUGGCGCAUGGAAGCAGAUGUUCCAGGAGAGAAGCAGCCGGAUGCUACAGGCCUUAUCUCCGAAGCAGAGCCCCGUGAGCAGCCCAACCCGGAGCCGGUCCCCUUCCCGCUCGCCAUCUCCCACCUUCUCAUGGCUCCCGAACAAGACCUCUCCCCCCUCCUCACCCAAAGCAGCCUCAGCCUCCAUCAGCAGCAUGAGUGAGGGGGAUGAGGAUGAGAAGUAAAGGUGCCUGGCCAAGAAGAGCCACAGCACACAGGAUGGGAAGGGGUCCCGGGCUGCCUGGGUGGUGUUGAGAGCUGCCGCUCAGCAGCGAGAUGGGAGUUCAGCCAUGGGAAGGAACUGGGGCCAGCUCCUCUUCCUUCUCUGUACAGCCUGCCCUGGGCUCAGCAUGGAGGUUCCCAACCUGAAAACCCGUACAAACCUUCUUAGCAUCAUAGAAUCACCCCCACUUUAGCCCUGCUAUGGAAAGGUGCAGAGCACUCCAUGAAGUGGGGUGUCUUCUGCUUUGGUCCACACAUUCAUCCGUAUCAAAUAAGCCACCUGCAGAAGCGAUGCUGCCUCACCCUGCUAGCUCCGGCCCUCUAAGAGCCUUGCACGCGGCCUCCUAUCUCCCAAACUCUUCCAGAAUGAAUUCCCUUCCAGAUGAGGUGGCUGAGUGCUUCUAAAACGACACUGUAGCCUUCUCGGUGCAGCCACUAAGACCUGAAGAAGCAACUGUCAACUCUUUCCCGCUCCAGGACCAUGACUCUGACCCAGCUUCGCUUUGGCCAGAUAGAAAAGUGUGAACCUUAACUUCUCAUUCAAAGGACAGUUGUGUCAAGGUGAAUGCCACCUAAGGCCUGCCAUGCUUCUGGCUCUACUGUCCAUCACUGGCACGAUGACACUGUUUUCCAGAAAUUCCCCGAACUGACGGAAUCACAGACGGAAACCUGUCUUGUCUAAAAAGAAAUCACCCACCCAACCAAGGGCUGCUUUGCUUUGGCUCCAUGAAUGGAAGAGAAACUAUCUCCUGGAGCUUCUUAAAGGAUGGCUCUCUCCAUUCUGACCACUUCACAGUUGAUAGUCCUUGAGGAACAUUUUGAUGUAACAAACUCUUAGUAUAUGGAUGGGGGUGCUACCUGCACGUGUCUGUUUUAUGUACCCUCCACUAUGCCAGCACAGGGUGUAGACCAUACACAAUAUGAAUAUACGGUGGUGGUGUUUUGCUAUCUACCCCUCUCCCACUCUCUCCCUGACCCCCCUGCUGAAAUGCUUUCUCUAAAGAACCAACCGGUCCCCUCAUGACUUGGGCGCCUUGUUAAAAGCUCAAUCAAAUGUUAGAUUCCUGUAGAAAUGUUUUGUCCCAGAAAAUUCCUGUUCUUCUUUGCCCAUGCCAUUUUGGGUAAAGGGAAGCUCCGAAGAGUUGCAAAGAAUUGGACACUCAAUCCUUUGAACAGUCUAAGGGACACUGGUUAUGUCUGGCCGUAGCUUCUCUGGAUGGGAUGGAGACUCUCAGAAUACUGUAGAACAUUUGGGGCUACUGUUCCCCAAUCAUGUGUAGGGAAUGUGCAGGUCCAGCUAAGGUUUAGAGUCAAUCUCUUAGGUACAAAUAAAAGUUCCUGAUUUUCCUGGGAAAGUCAGACAGCACUGGUAGAAUGAAGGCCAUAACCUAUGACUUGUGGGCAAAGCCCUUCACUUCCGCUGGCAGAAGCAUCCCUUUGUUCAGAGGCCUUGGGGAUACACCUUCUGGAUGGCAAUCAGUGGAGAAAGCACCCUGUCUUUUCCCUUUGUGCUGGGGUUGAGCCACCUCCCUGCUCACCUGCAGAUCAGUGGUGAUUAUUGCAAAGCCAAGUUGUGAGGCUAAGCCAGCUGGGAGCCUCCUUGUUCUGGGCAGUUCUUCCAGAACUGGGUAAAGUGCAUGGAAGACACGGGGUGCUGGGAACACGGCCUGGGAGAAAGAAAGUUCCUCUCGGAGCAUCACUGUCCAGAGGCAAGGGCUUCCGUUCUCCCAUUGUAACUGCUUGAGCUCAGCCCUUCCACCAGGACAAGUCAUGCAUGAAUGCCUUCCAUUUCAGCCAGCUGACACUUGUGCCCGUGAAAGGACACAUAAAGGAACCAAGCAAAUAAAGAUAGGGGGACAAGAGAAGAGAAGAGAGGAUCCCAGAGAGAGGAAAGAAAGAUAAAAGGAAAUGUGCUGUCUUAAGACACUUCAGGCUGCAUGGGGGCAGCUCUCUUUGAUGAGGCCUUCUUAAGAAGCUGACUUCAUGACCCAGGAUGGAGAGAUCCACUUUUACCUAAGUUUUGCUCUGAGGCGGAGAGUGUAGGGUGGAUAUAUCAGGCGACUAUAAUUUUGCAGGCCCUACAUACCAUCCUGACUCAUCAGAGACUACCACGGUAGCUAUGAAUGAUGGGAAAUGACCAACACUGGAAUCAUUCCAGGUAGAGGCGCAAACAAGCCAUAAGUGGGUUUAAAUCUCCUCCUCAUUUCUGUCAGCACCUCCUCACCUUCCUAAAGCCUUCCACAAAAAAAUGGGGGAGUCUGCUAUCCAACCUCUAGCCCUUCUUGGCCAUCUCUCAGUCUUUCCCAGUCUUUACCCUACCUUACCUCUCCCAUCCCCAGCAGGAGCUGGGAUUGAGUCAGCCGGUCAAUUCUCAUGACCAAAAGUGAGUUAAGGAUGUAAUGAACAUAAACUCUGCUGCAAGCUCGGGGAAGUAAGCAGAAAUGCCAAAAAAAAAAAAAGGCAAGGAAAACGCUCUUUUUGCUCCAGAAAGUGACAUAAGUAACUUAGGGAAUGGGGUAGGUCGGGAAAGGGAAGAUGGAAAAAAUAUGAAACUAAGUUGGUGAGUAUGAAAGGAUUCGGAUUUUCUACUUUCCCAGGCAUCACUGGGGCCCUAACGGGUGAAGGAGGAAGGCUUCCUAUCAAAUAUUUCUGUGGUUAGUGGCUCCCCAUGCAGCAGGUAUGGUCCCAGCCUCUCCAGCUUCUUUGGCAUAUUAGCAACCCCCAUGCGCCCCCUGAAACCAAGUGCUGACUCCCUUCGGGCAAGCAACAGGGGUGGAGUUGUAAUGUGAUGUCCAUUUCUGUCAAGAACUUUCCCUGUCAGGAUCUGCCAGAGACAAUGGUAAAGCAGCCCUAUGACAGAUGGAGUGUGGCUUCUGACCUGCUGUGGGUUCAGGAGCCCCAAGCACGCUACAACCUAGGCUAUAAGAUACGGCAGCUACCCCGGUGGGUGCCGGGCACAGGAAGAACACAGCGAAUUUUCCCUCCACCUUCAGGACUUACUUUAAUGCCCAGUGCUACCCCAUAGAUGAGCUUGUUUUUCAGACAUCUGCUCAGCAGCAGUCCUGUUCUGACCAUGUGAUUACAAAGGAGCAAGAGAGGACGGAAGGAAGAAAGGAAAAGAAGAAAGGAAGUGUAGUGAGCUCAUCGGGCAUUUUCUACUUCCCUGUUCUCUAGUUUUCUGUUGUGUCACUGCAGUGUGUCUGGGGACAAAGCCAUAAGAACAGCUUAUCUACUUAAAAUUCUACUGUACAUAUAUAUAAGACGAUGACUCAUCUGGAUUCAAGAAUGACCUUAUGCCCAAGCAUUUGCUCUGGUGCUGAAUAGUGACAACUACUGGAAUCACCCCACCCCCACCGCCGAAACUCCUAAACCCUCUUUCCCUGCUCCCAAAAGGAUCACAGUAUUCCCAACUUGUUUCUAAAUAAAGGGACGCAGAGUCACA